GGUCCUGAAGAAGGAAGGAUAUUUCUCGUCGGACUGGCGUAGGUGUGUUUGACUUUCCCUCAUGUCAUCGUGUGCGUUUGCCCGUCACUGAUAGCCGGCUGCAUCUCAACCGUUCGUUUGCGUUGGAUGUCCGUUGCCGCGGCCGCAGAAUGGUUAAUAAGCUGGCUGAACUUGGAGCCGCGUUUUAGGGUUAAAGCAGCCAGCCACGCUAGCGUUAGCCACUACCAGCGCUGCUGCGAGAGCCAGCGUCUGAAAAGGGCGUACGAGUUUGACGUUUUUUCCCCAAGUCUCUCCUCACAUUUCUCACAGUUUGGUACAACACCGACCUCUCUCCUCAAAGCUAACCUGGCCCGGUCAACAUGGAGGGGACACACUUUGCAAGAGCAUGAAGACGACGGCGAGCGGCGACUAAAGAGGAUUAAAUGCAACUCGGUCUUGAUGGGGAAAAGUUGAGCUGAGGAGUAACAACUUGGGAUAAACUGAAGAAAGGUUUCAAGUCUUACCUAUUGUACAAGGGCAUGGUAAAACCUCAGUGAUGGAGCCCACGGUUGUGAGUACUUCCACCCUGGCCCCCGAUGAGUUUGAUAGGAACGUGCCACGGAUCUGCGGCGUGUGUGGUGACAAAGCCACCGGCUUCCACUUCAACGCCAUGACCUGUGAGGGCUGCAAGGGAUUUUUCAGGCGCAGUAUGAAGCGCAAGGCCACCUUCACAUGUCCCUUUAAUGGCAGUUGCACCAUCACCAAGGACAACAGGCGCCACUGCCAGGCAUGCCGGCUCAAACGCUGUGUGGAUAUUGGCAUGAUGAAGGAGUUCAUUCUGACAGAUGAGGAAGUGCAGAGGAAGAAGGACCUGAUUCAACGGAGGAAGGAGGAGGAGGCACAGCGCGAAGCGGAGAGGGAGGCACGGCGGCCUCGGCUCACUGAGGAGCAAAGCCAGGUCAUCGCUACGCUGGUGGAGGCACACCACAAAACAUAUGACGACUCCUACUCUGACUUCUGCCGCUUCAGGCCUCCUGUGCGCGAGGGCCCAGUGACGCGUAGCGCCAGCAGGGCUGCCUCUCUCCACUCUCUGUCUGAUGCCUCCUCUGACUCUUUCAGUCACUCUCCAGAGUCAGUAGACACCAAAAUGAACUUCAACAACCUGCUGAUGAUGUACCAGGAGCAGGGCAGCAGCCCUGACUCCAGUGAGGAGGAGGGCUCCAGUUUCUCCAUGCUGCCUCACCUCGCUGACCUCGUCUCCUAUAGCAUCCAGAAGGUCAUUGGAUUUGCCAAGAUGAUCCCUGGGUUCAGGGAGUUGACUGCAGAGGACCAGAUUGCCUUGCUCAAGUCCAGCGCCAUUGAGGUGAUCAUGCUGCGCUCAAAUCAGAGCUUCAACCUGGAAGACAUGUCCUGGAGCUGUGGUGCACCUGACUUUAAAUACCAGAUCAGUGAUGUCACCAAAGCGGGCCACACUCUAGAGCUGUUGGAGCCGCUGGUGAAGUUCCAGGUGGGCCUGAAGAAGCUCAACCUGCACGAGGAGGAACAUGUGAUGCUGAUGGCCAUCUGCUUGCUUUCUCCAGACCGCCCAGGUGUGCAGGAUCAUGCACGAAUCGAAGCCCUCCAAGACCGCCUUUCAGAGACCCUGCAGGCCUACAUCCAGCUUCACCACCCAGGAGGACGGCUGCUCUACGCCAAGAUGAUCCAGAAACUGGCCGACCUGCGCAGCCUCAACGAGGAGCACUCCAAACAGUACCGCUCGCUCUCCUUUCAGCCAGAGCACAGCAUGCAGCUCACCCCGCUGGUGUUGGAGGUGUUCGGCAGCGAAGUCGCUUAGAGGCUUCCUCUGGACCUCAGAGGUGCAUCGGAAACUGGAGAUGAGACCCCUGGGAGUGAAAUGGAGGGAGGGAGCUGAGAAUGUGCCGGCUGGACUAAAUGGAGGUGUGAAGUAUGAUGCGAGUGGAGGAGAGAAAGUGGUGUGUGCGUGUGUGUGUGUGUGUGUGUGUGUGUGUGUGUGUGUGUGUGCGUGUGUGUGUGCGUGCGUGUGUGCGUGCAUGCAUGCUGGGUGUGUGGUUUACUGUGUGUCUAAAGAAGUCCGUCUUGGUAUAAAGGCCAAGGUUGUAUGGAGAGAAAGCAGAUAUUAAGAGACACAGUAAACAAGGGAACUUCAUACAGUAUAACACAAAUUAAACUAUACAUACAACUUCUGCCUAUAUACAGUGUUUUUGUCUGUAUUUAAAUCAACAAACAGCUGCUUCAAAUGCCAGGACAUUUUGUGUGUGUACAUGUCGUGCACACACUAAGACAACAAACAUACUCAGUUAUUCAUCUAGCCAUUCAGUUGAGCUACCUCUUGGUUUUACUGGGGUUGUUUUAUAUUUACAUCACCUAUGUGAAACAGCAACUUUUACACAGAACAAUUUAGAUACAGUAUGGAUGACAUUUCAGUUUAUUGGUGCAAAAGCAGUGCCUGCACAUUACUUUGACGUUUUUGGAUGUUUCAAAAAUGUUGUAUUUUGUUUUUCAUCUGCUUCUUUCAAAGGCAGCAUAUGUAUAUGACUGUGUAUACAAUUCAAACACAUGCCUUUCACCUUUCACCAAAGGUAUGGUCAAUUACUUUCUCAAAAAGCUUCCAGUACCUAAAAAAAUAAUCUUGCUGCUCCAUGGGGCGUUUCACGCAUGCAGCCUCUCAACAUGCUAGCAAGUUGUCUGACUAGCCUCACAGCCUAUGAAGGAAAAUGUCAUUAUAUAGGUUGAUACUGCAGAGUAGAGUGCAUAGUCUGUAAUUUAGUCAGGUUUUGAUAGGAAUUUGGGGUGCUUUGUUUUGAGGUGAUAAUUAGCCACUAAAUGUGUUAGCUACUUUUACACUGCUAACUGUCAAUCAAACUAAGCCUGCAUUAUGGCUUGUUAUUCUCUUUUGAAAUUGAUUUUCUUUAUUCUUCUCUUUUUUUAAUUGUUUAUUUCCCUGUAAAUAGUCGAUUGCUACCACAUGUAUCCUAAGCACUGUUAUACCACCUUUUACACAACCUAUGUAUUGAUAUACAGUAUCUAUAUUAUCACAGAUUUUAAAGGGCUAAAAUGCCAAAUCUAACUGGAAUAGUAAAUCGAGGCCAAAGCAAAGGGCCUGUCUUGUUAAUAUAUAGCUGCAUACCUUACUUGGAAUUGGCAUAUAUACGGAUGUAAUUGCGAUGGUUGCUUUUGUGUUUUAUACGUUACUUCACCUUUAAAAACAAUUCCAUGAAUUGUUCCUCCUCAGUACACAGUGAGCUCGGUGGGCGGAGAGCUUGGGAAGCUGCUUCAGACCUCCACAGAUAUCACACCCCUUUCGUUUCUGACUGGGAAGUGGAUUUUCUAGAAUGUCUGAGGGCCUGGUUGUGGUGGUGGUGUGCACCUCUACACCCAGGCCCUCCUGUUUGAUGAUGUAUGCUGUGCAGCCCUCUAGUGGCUGUAUUGUGUAAAUACCAGGUGUGUGUGUGUGUGUGUGUGUGUGUGUGUGUG